AUUUUUUUGUGGAAAAAAUGAAAUUCACCGUCGUAGCAAUUUUUGCCUGUUUCCUUAUUCUGCCCAUCAAGUGCAGUCGAAUCAAUUCGAAAGUGUACGAAGAGCUCCUGAUGGAAAACCAAAAUCAUAUUAUUGACGUUGGAGGCGAUAGUGGUGAACAGACACAAGAUCAAUUGCAAGAGCAACCGCCACCACCGCGAGUUCAGCAAAAGAACAAGGAAGUCGGUAAUAUGUUGGCAUAUGUGAAAACAUCCAUUCCGAUUCGUAUUUUUCAGUGCAUGCAACGAUUGAACAUUUUGAAAUGCAUGAAAAUUUUCAUUUUGCAACGCAUGGAACGAUCACCGAUCUACCCGAAUACGGGCAACGUGACGGCCGAUUUUCUCGACCAAAUCCUAACAUUCAACCAAAAUAACAGUGAAGAUGGUUCGAUCAAUGAAGAAACACUGGACAAAUACUAUUUGCAAAUGAGCGAAGUUGAAAUAAAUGAACGGCUUUUGAAGAGUUUUCAGCGAUUUUUUCACGAUCGUGAAAUAAAAUUGCAUUUCAUUCCAGGUAUGGUUGUCAAAGUGGUGCCGAAUGAAGAGAACGCCAUCAAUUUGUCGUUGAAACGAGCAUCAACUUGGUUGGAGGCAACUGGUCGUGCUAAAAACCGACCCGGUGAUUACCUGCUGCAAUUGGGCAUUCCUGCAAUUUUGAUGCCUGCUAUUCUAAUGGGCUCAGUUCUACCUUUUAUUCUACCAGCAUUGAAAUUUGCUACCAUUUUCUCGGGAAUGAUUAAUCAUGCCGCUCUUGUGUCGGCCUUUGCGUAUGCUGCAAAGCACGCCGCCUUCCCUGGGCCUGAGUCAAUCAAACACCUAUACUACAAUCCAGGCUAUCACAGACGAACCGAAAGCUAUGAACACCAAUAGAACAAAUAAAAAAAAAACAAAACAAAUAUUCACAAACAAUUUUUAUUUGUUCAAUUUUUUUUUCUCGAUGGAGCAAAUAUUUAUUGCAAAACAAUUUUAGCAUUCGUUUAAUAAUUAGAAUUAAAUCAAAAAUAAUUUAUUGAUAAAGAAAACAAUUGGCCAAAACAUUAUUUUUAUGAACGUUUUAUUUUUCUGUGUCUCUUCGCUUUCAUCUUCUGUCGUGUCUUUUUUUUUUAAAUGCAAUUUAAUUUGUGAACGUGAAUUAUGAUUAAUUUGAAUAAAACUUCACUUAAAUAGUACAAUCACUUGUCAUUUUCAAUUCGAUUGAUUAUGGUGACACAUUUCUUAU